UUUGCCACAACAUGUUCAACUGUUUUGUUUUUUUUACUGCAAGAAUUGACAUUAAAUUAUUGCUCUCCAGAAGAAUGAAAGCAAACUUAUAUAUUUUUGAUUUUGUCUCUCUUUGAUUUUUUGAUCUCUUACACACAUGCUGGAAUAUUCCCAACGGCUACAAGUGAAGACGAGCAUCAGGAAGAGCUGAAAUCUGCAAAGACUGAGUUUAUUAAAGAGGACAGUGAGAACACGAGUGAUCCAGAACCCUGCAGAAUGAAACACACUGAAGAUCCUGAAGAACAAAGAGAGCUGAUGGAAGAGAACGGAGAGAGUGAAGAACUGAGUGAAGAGGAGGAGGAACAUCAUGUCAAACCUGGAGAAAAACCUUUGAGUCGCUCAAAGACUAAACAGACAUUUUUAAAAAAAAGAAGAGCCAAGAAAUCUACAACCUGCACUCUGUGUGGAAAGAGUAUCAGAACCAAGCAUCUCAAUGAACACAUGAGUGUUCAUACCGGAGAGAAGCCGUUCUCUUGUGAUCAAUGUGGACAGAGCUUCACACAAAAAUCAAAUCUUAAGAAACACAUGAUGAUCCACACCGGAGAGAAGCCGCAUGAAUGUGAUCAAUGUGGGACAAGCUUCGCACUAAAAUUACAUCUUCAGGAACACAUGAGGAUCCACACCGGAGAGGAGCCGUUCUCAUGUGAUCAGUGCGGGAAGAGUUUUCCAUACAAACGAAGUCUUGAUGUUCACAUGAGAGUUCACUCUGAAGUGAAGCCGUUCACCUGCGAUCAGUGCGAGAAGUGUUUCACACAAAAAAUACACCUUAAGAUUCACAUGAGGAUCCACACUGGAGAGAAGCCGUACACUUGCGAUAAAUGUGAGAAGACGUUCACGAAUUUAUCACACCUUAAGAGUCACAUGAGAGUCCACACGGGAGAAAAGCCGUUCAUGUGUGAUCAGUGUGACAAGAGAUUCUCAACCAAAUACAGUCUUGAUCUUCACCUGAGGGUUCACACCGGAGUGAGACCGUUCGCAUGUGAUCAGUGCGAGAAGAGCUUCGUGAAUUCCAAUAAACUUAAAAGACACAUGAAAGUCCACACUGGAGAGAAGCCGUACGAAUGUGAUAAAUGUGGGACGAGUUUCACAGAAUCAUCAAACCUUAAGAGUCACAUGAUGAUCCACACCGGAGAGAAGCCGUUCACAUGCGAUAAAUGUGGAAAGAGUUUCAGGGAUUCACGAUACCUUAAGAGUCACAUGAGAAUCCACACUGGAGAAAAGGCUUUCACUUGUGAUCAGUGUGAGAAGAGAUUCUCAAACAAACAAAAUCUUGAGGUUCACAUGAGAAUUCACACUGGAGAGAAGCCGUUCACAUGUGAUCAAUGUGGGAAGAGUUUCGCACAAAAACCAUGGCUUGAGCUUCACAUGAGAGUUCAUACUGGAGAGAAGCAGUAUAUGUGUAAUCGGUGUGAAAAGAGAUUCGCUCACAGACAAAAUCUUAAUGCUCACAUGAAGAUCCACACCGGAGAGAAGCCGUUCUCAUGUGAUCAGUGCGACAAAACAUUUCUGCUGUCAUCAAACCUGAAAAAACACCUGACAGUUCAUACGAAGGAGAAGCCGUAUUCAUGUUCUGUGUGUGGAAAGAGUUUUUCAUUUCUGCAAAGUUUACAAAGACAUGAGAAAAUGCACACUGGUGUGAAAGAGUUCAUGUGCUUUGAGUGUGAGAAGACUUUUAUUUCAAGCAACCGUUUAAAACAGCACCAGAGAAUUCACACUGGAGAAAAACCUUACAAUUGUUCACAGUGCGACAAGAGAUACAGUAGUUCAGCAUCUCUGAAAAAACAUGAGAAAAUCCACACUGGAGAAAAACCUUACAAGUGUUCACACUGUGACAAGAGAUUCAGUGAUUCAUCAUAUCUGAAAAAACAUGAGAAGAUCCACACUGGAGAAAAACCUUGAAAGUGUUCACACUGCGGCGAGAUUCAGUCAGUCGUCAUGACUGAAAAACACAUUAAAUGAUCCACAGUGGAAUACAGAGACAACGUCACAGAUGCAACACCAUCAUCAACACCAGCUCCACAACCUCGAUCAGCUUCGCCUGGAUACUAAUCCAGCACACCGUCACCAGUUCAUCAGCAGUCACCUCUCACUUCACAAUCAUCUGGUCUUGUUGUUCAACACUGGUCAACUUAACCAGCUCCUUACCUGUUCAUCUCACGUUUGAGACUACUCACCUUCUUCAUCCUCAAAGAGACAAUUACUAGCCAGCUACGUUUAUUCAAUUGAUCUUCAUCCAGAACAAUCACCUGUUGUUUCUACUCAAUCUAUGCCACCUGUUUCCGUGAAUUGUACCUCAUUCUGUCCGCUCUUCCAGACUCUUCCAGAUUAUUUCUACAAUUACACAAGGUACAGUGGGUACAUGACACAUUUUCAUCCCCAGAAUAGUACGCUUUCCAUCCGUUUUAACCUUGCCGCACAGCUUGCACAUGUAGGAUUAUCCAUGAACAAACCCAUUUAAAGAACACAACACCGUAUGCUACAGUUCGGAGAGAUCCCCCACCGAAUCAUUAGUAAGUCAUAAAAUGCAUCCAUGGUGCCGAGAUGGCUAAAGGAGACGUCUUCACCCACACCUGCCUAAUCUUCAACCAGUGACGCAAGUUUGUCCCCCAAACGUAAGAGCAAAUGGCCAGGAAACGGUGUGGUGACCCCAAUGCAUAAUCCCCACAUUCUUGUCAGGAAAAUAAGGUUUGUGAUGAUGGAUCCGCCCAAAAUCACCACAGACUUUAACCAGUGAUAUCUCGCAUCCUCCCAGACACCUUUCUCUCUAGCAGUACAUCCCAGAGACCUCUCCUCCUGAAACCAACAGAGACCAUAAUUAACCCACUCAUGGUUUCAACAAACUUAAGCUGCGUUUCCACUGCAGGAACUUUCCCCAGGAACUAGGACCUUUGGGGCGGCACUCUGUGUGUUUACACCGCAGGAACCAGGGUCUAAAUUAAGUUCUGGGUAAAAAUUGCCCCCCAGAAAGUCCCUGCUGGCGAGGUAGUACUUUUUCAGAGUUCGGGAACUUUCGGGGUGGGACUGGUGUGCUGAACAUGCUGAUUGGUUGAGCUUCUUGGUUCUUACCAAUCUUGUUCUUUCUGCCCGAUGGCGCGCGUUCGUCCCAUCCAUCUCACGGUCAAUGUCCGCUAUAGCUGAUUACAAACGUGUCUACUUUUAUGUCUAGCAUUACAAGCUUUCUGAAUACGCUUUAGUAUUAUUAUUAUUAUUAGUUUCAUUAGUAAGUCAUAAAAUGCAUCCAUGGUGCCGAGAUGGCUAAAGGAGACGUCUUCACCCACACCUGCCUAAUCUUCAACCAGUGACGCAAGUUUGUCCCCCAAACGUAAGAGCAAAUGGCCAGGAAACGGUGUGGUGACCCCAAUGCAUAAUCCCCACAUUCUUGUCAGGAAAAUAAGGUUUGUGAUGAUGGAUCCAUGGCCCAAAAUCACCACAGACUUUAACCAGUGACAUCUCACAUCCUCCCAGACACCUUUCUCUCUAGCAGUACAUCCCAGAGACCUCUCCUCCUAAAACCAACAGAGACCAUAAUUAACCCACUCCAGGAACUAGAAAUUUUGGGGUGGUACUCAGUGUGUUUACACCGCAGGAACAAGGGUCUAAAUGAAGUUCCAGGUAAAAAUUUCCCCCUCUGAAAGUCCCUGCUGGCGAGGUACUGUAGUACUGUUUCAGAGUUCAGGAACUUUCGGGGUGGGACUUGUGCAGUGAACAUGCUGAUUGGUUGAGCUUCUUGGUUCUUACCAAUCUUGUUCUUCCUGCCCGAUGGCACGUGUUUGUCCCAUCCAACCUCCUAAAACAGAGACCAUAAUUAACCCACUCAUGGUUUUAAACAUACUUAAGCUGCGUUUCCACCGCAGGAACUUUCCUCAGGAACUAGGAACUUUGGGGCGGUACUUGGUGAACCUGGGUCUAAAUGAAGUUUGGCCAAAGUCAAACACAACCGUCUUUUACAUACAACGUUUACAUAUCAUCGUUUACAUACAACGACUCUAAUGUUCACAACUUCACACUUUUGAUGAGACCAAACCAACUGUACAUAAUAAAAGUUCAGGGUGCCAAAACUGACUGAAAAUGUUACACUGAAUGUUGAUACAAAUAAUGGAUGCUAAUCAUUUCAAAAUUAGCUUACUUUGUUACAAUAUACUUUUUCCUGUAAUAUAUGCUCUGGAUUCUGUUUUUUUUAAUGUAGUUUCUAAUGUAAUGAAUGAUCUGUAGUGUUUAUAAUAUUGACUGAUGUGUGUAUGAUCUGACAUCAUUGUUUGAUGAUUGAUUUUGAGCACGGAUAAAAAAAAGUUUUUAUGCAAUUGUUUGAUUUUGCCAGAAGACUCUUGGUUUGUUUUUGUGUUUAAUGUUUUGAGAAAGUGAUAAUGGUUUUUAAAAUUUUUUUCUCUUUGUGUUCAAAGUAAUCGUGUCUAACGCUAGACAUCUGGGACACCAUUCAUCCUCUAUUAAUAUCAUCACUUUUCCCUGUCACUGUUUUAAUUAAUGUGUGUGUUUUUCUUUUGAUUACUUUGUGUGUAUUAGAGUAGUUCAAUAAAGUCUUGCUUGAUUUUA